GUAAACACUGAGCUUUACCAUACUUCCCCCGAGCAGAAACUUACAGCUGUAUAUGCAAUAUUUUUGAAGCCAUGUAAGUAUUCGCUCUUUUGAAAAGAAUGAAACCUCGCGUUCAAGUAUUUGAAUCCAGGCAACAUUCAACUGGAAAAGUUUUUGUUCUGCCCUCAACUUUUCAAGAGUUACUGCAACAAGUGGAAUCCGAAUACCAUGCUCAUGUUAACGUCUUGUAUACAAAAGAUGGUGCAUCUAUAACUGAUAUUGAUCUUAUAAGAGAUGAUGAUCUAUUAUACGUCGCAAACAACUUGGAAAACCCAGUACCAAAUAAUUCUGGAACAGAUGAUGUAACUGUAAAUAAGAUGCAAUACAAUCAUAAAAGUUCUGAGUGGAUCACUCUAAAUGUUGGUGGUAAACUAUUCACUACUACAAGAACAACACUAGUCACACGAGAUCCCGAAAGCAUGCUGGCAAAAAUGUUCCAAUACCCAGAUAGAUGGUCAAACACAACAGAUAAGAAUGGAGCUUAUUUGUUUGAUAGAUCGCCCGAAUACUUCGAGCCACUUCUCGACUUUCUGAGGCAUGGAAAACUAAUCCUUAACCCCAACAUUAACCCUCAAGGUAUUUUGGAGGAAGCUACUUUUUAUGGACUUACAUCUGCUGCUGAAGAAGCAGAAAAACUACUUAAGGAUCAGCAGAUGCAAAUAUAUUCUGAACCAUUAACUAGAAGCAUGGUUAUCAAAGCCCUGCUAUCAUCACCUGGAAAAUGUGAACUUAGGUUUCAGGGUGUUAACUUUGCUGGAGCUGAUUUGUCGCGCCUUGAUCUGCGUUAUGUCAAUUUUAAGCUUGCCACGUUAACCAACUGUAAUUUAUCGCAAGCAAAUUUAUACUGCUGUUCACUUGAAAGAACAAAUUUAUCUGGUUCUAUUUUAGAUGGAGCAAACUUGCAAGGUGCUCGCAUGAUUUGUUGCAAUGCAGAAGGUUGUUCAAUGAAGGCUUGUAACUUUGAUGAUCCAUCUGGUAUCAAAGCCAACAUGGAAGGUGCAAAUAUGAAGGGAGUUAACUUUGAGGGCAGUUUGCUUGCUGGGGCAAACUUAAGAGUGGCAACUCUGAAAAAUUCAAAUCUCAAAAAUUGUGAUUUACGAGGUGCAAUAUUAGCUGGGACUGACUUGGAGGAUUGUGAUUUAUCCGGCUGUGAUUUAUUUGAGGCAAACUUACGUGGCUGUAAUGUGAAGGGAACAAAGUUUGAAGAGAUGAUAACCCCGCUACAUAUGACACAGAGUGUACCGUGAUUCCUUUCUGUUUAUUUAUCGCCGCUUAUUCUUCUACGCAAUGAGUUGCAUUCUUUCUGGUUUUUCUUACAAUGUACUUCCAACAGUUUACUGUAUGUGCUGCACUGUUCUGUCGUUUUAAUUGUGAUCAUAUAUCUUUAACAUUUACUUGCAUCUACAUGCUAAACUUUCCAACACAAUGUUCAUUCCAGUUAUAUUCCUAUUCAGUUAAUUAUUUUAUUAGUAAUAUUGUACUGUGGGGUAAGACGGGACACCUUUAGCAUAUAAUAUCAAAAUAUCGUGAUCGUGUUUUAAACAAUAAACAACGGUCCAUGUCAGUCGCUAGGAUACGGUUUUGUAAUUCUUCGAAUGUUCUUUGUUUUCAACAAAUUGGGAGUAGAAAAUAGAAUGAAAAAGUGUCUCAUCUUUUCCCACCCUAUUAUAUAGCUUUCCCUUAUAAGAUUACAAGUAUAUAUUAUACACCCUGAAGG